GGGAGUAAUCUUCUUAAUUAAUAACCACAACAAAAAGCAUUGUAAAGUUAAGCUCGUACAGUAACCACAACAAGCUGGGAUUACACAAACGUCACACACAAACCACGCUACCACCGCACAGCUUAUAUAAAUCCGCUGUCCCCACGGCAUCGCCACCUCCCAUAGCAUCCGACCCGUCCAUCUGCCAUCCAACGCUUCACCUCAGCACCGACCCCACCUGCCCCGCCACACAAGCGCCGACAGCCGCAGAGGAUCCCGCGGCCACACCUAAUCCACUCCGCCUGCACUGCGGGGCCCACCCUGAGCGCAGCGCUGGGAGAGAGAGGUCGCUUAAAACCCAAGCAAUCCAACCAACCACGAGGGAUUAUUCAUAUCAAAAUUCAAAAAAAAAAAAACAAAUCAAAGCCGGAGGGAGAAGAAGAGUCGCGAAGGAAGGAAUGGGGAAGGGCAAGGUGCAUCCCUCGCCGUCGCCGGCAGCGGCGGCAGCGGCGGGCGGCGGAGCCGGAGGAGAGAUGACGGCGGAGGCGGUGCUGAUGCGGCUGCUGCCCGCGGCGGUGCUCGCGGCCGCGGCGCCACUCGGCGCCGAGGGGAAGGAGGUGCUGGCGUACCUGGUGCUGGCGUCGCUGCGGUCCUCGGCGCCUCCGACGCCGGUGCAGACGCCGGCGCGCGGCGGGGACGGGAUCGGGAAGGCGGCGGGGGAGCACCACCGGCCGGAGCUCGGGUGCGGCUGCUUCGCGUGCUACACGGCGUACUGGUCCCGCUGGGACGGGUCCCCGGAGGCCGACCGCGACGCCAUCCACCGCGCCAUCGAGGCGUUCGAGGAGCACCUGGCGGAGGAGGAGAGGGACCGCGGCGGAGGGAAGGGAGGCGGGGCCCGCCGCGGCCGGAAGAAGCGCGCCGGCGCAGCUGCUAAGGACGCCGCCGCCGCAGGCAAGGAGAAGGCCGGCAAGGCCAAGGGGAAGGGGAAGGGGAAAGAGAAGGAGAAGGAGGUCGGCGUCGUUGACCCCCUGCCGCCGCUUCCGCUGCUGCAUCCCGCGGGCGAUCCCCCUGCUGCCCCAGAGGAGGCCUCGAAGGCGGAGGACGGCGCGGAGUACCUGUCCGCGGAGGACGAGAAGGAGGAGGAGGCUUCGACCGCGGCCGCCGGCGGUGACGACGAGAAGCGGCGGCGCGGGUGGGGCUCCGUGCUGAGCUGGAAGGCAUGGGGCCUGUGGGGGUCCCACUAGUCAGUCAGUCAGCUCCGGCUCGGUAUUUUAUUUCUUUUCUGUUCAUAAGUUAGGUUUGGUGGUGCUUUAUUUGGUGCGGGGUUCUGAUGCUCUCGUUGCUACUGCGACUACUGGACACCACUGGGGGGUUUAGCUUGCUUAGCUGCUGCAGGUCGAUUUGGUUUGGUUGGUUACACUAGGCAGUGAGAAUUACUAGUGUUGACAGUCAGUCUCAUAUGCCAAAGCACCAUGAUAAUAAUGGCGAUGUCAUGUAUUCGAAAUGUUUGUUUUGUUGAUGCGGUGGGUCACGUGUUAGGCUCUUGUGUACUGUACAUAUACUACUACGCAGGCAGGCAGGGAGUGUGUGGUUGGUGUAAAUUAAUGAUUGUAAUAUACUGUAGUAGUACUAAUGUAAAUGUGGUAGCAGUUUUUGUUUUGACAAAUAAUGUGGUAGCAGUUGUUGUUGGUAU